AGUUGCAAUGCCGUAACAUGCCGGGUUUUACUUACCUCACAGGUAAACCAAGCUCGCGCAACUUGCGUUUAAGCGUGCUCAUACGUGAGGAUUACUUGAGAAACUCAAAUUCGCUUGAACCAGUGAAAACGUGAACACAUGGUUUUUACAUACACAUGUUACUAAUUUUUCAUAUCACCAUUGUUGUUUAUUAGAUAUUCAUCUAAGCUAAUAAUUGUUCUUUGGCUUAAAGGAAACAAAUCGGAUGGUUUAUUUUUAAUUUAUGUUCGAUGUAAUAGUGUAUAAAUAUAUAAACACAUGGUUUAAGUGAAUUAAAACAGUUAAUUACAAAUAUGUUAUUAAAAUACCCUAUUGCUAUUUAUUGACAUUAAAUAUAAGUGAUUUUCUUGAAACCAUUGAAUAACUAAAAUAUUCAGUACUGAUUGGACUGCUGAAAGCAAAAAAUCAUAAAAAAACUUUUUUAAAUAUGCCACCAGUGCAAACUUAAAAAUAUUCAUUAAUUGAAUUCAAUAAUUUAUUGAAACUAACGUUUAUUAUUAUUUUUUUUCCAUUUGAUUUCAUUGGAAUUAGCACUUUGGAUACGCUGGAUAAUAUAUCAAAUUUAUUAGAAAAGUAUUACUUUCUAUUUUUCUAUUUUCAUUUUAUUAUGUACAUAUAAAUAUACAAAUUUUCCAUUUAAAAUCAAACCACGCAGAGUUAUGAAAGGAUUUUGACAAUGCUCGUAUCCAAGGUGAAUGCACUGUACUAGUGACGUAUAAAUGGAACGCGGAACCGCGGUGAAACAUUGCGUUAGAGACAAAUUGCCGUUUACUUACUGCAAAACAUUUUCUCAAGAUGAUCUGUUUUUCAUAGUGUAAUUUAGUUUCUUUUCGUUAAUUUACUAAAAUUUUUAUAGAAAAUUUAGUUUUUUUCAUCAAUGAAUCAUUGACAAUUACAUUGUAUGUGAUCAUGUUAAAAUCGGCAAGCAAGUAAUAUGAGAAUACGAAUAACAAUACGAAAUUGAAAAGAGAAAAAUUUAUUAUUCAAGUAAAAAGAAAAAAAAAAUAAAUAACGAUAAAGGAUUGUGAGUACAGAGAAAGAGCGGAGAAAAGAGACAAGACUUGUUAAGUCAAUGUCCGAAGAUUACGGCAAUGACAUUCACUUUUUCUCACUCUUCUCUUUGUAUUUUUCGGCCUCUUUUUUUUUUUAACUUACCAGUAUAAACUAAGAAUCUUUUAGCAUCCUGAGAUUCAAAUUAUAGCGUGUAAAAUAAAGUAAUGAACUUUUAUAUUAAUAUUUCCAAGUAAAAUUACAUGAAGUCUUACGAUUAAAAUUUUUAAUAAUUCAGCCAUAUAAGAUUAUAUAAUUGCGAAUGGUAAUUAGUAAGACUAAGUUGAGGCUGUACAAUGGAUGUUUUUAAAAUCGAUCAAUCAUUAACGGUGGGCUUGGGAAGUACCCCGGCACCGGACACUCUUACGCCGGAAGUGUCAUUUGAUGCUGGAAGCGAGUUUAAUCUGAGUUUUUUCGAUGGUCCUGAGGACAAUAGUGCCCAAGGCUUUAGUGAUCCAGGAUCGGUUGGGAGUGCAAGUGCAUCAUCUCCGCCUGGUACACCAGCUCAUAUUACUGUUAAUUCGACGAAUUCUGUCACUUUACCAGUAGUUCAAGUGCCUUCGGGUAUUACCGUUAAACAAGAGCAACAUUAUGCAGCUGCAGAUUCUAAUAGUUCCACUCCUGCCAAGAGCUUUGUACCUUGUAAAGUUUGUGGUGAUAAAGCUAGCGGGUUUCAUUACGGUGUGACCAGUUGCGAGGGAUGUAAGGGAUUCUUCCGAAGGAGUAUACAGAAACAAAUCGAAUAUCGAUGUCUAAGGGAUGGCAAAUGUUUAGUCAUAAGAUUGAACAGAAACCGUUGCCAGUACUGCAGAUUUAAAAAGUGCCUGGCAGUCGGGAUGUCACGAGAUUCUGUUCGAUACGGUCGGGUACCAAAACGUUCGAGAGAACGUGGGUCUGAUGAUUCGAUUCCAACGACAACAGUUUCAAAUCAACAGCUUAAUUCCGGCAUUAACAAUAAAAACAAUAAUAGUACUACAAACGCAAAUAACAGUAUCGUUAACAACAACAAUAAUAUAAAUAAUAUAAGUAAUAAUAAUAAUAAUAAUAAUAACAACAGUAAUAAUAAUAAUAAUAAUAAUAAUAAUAAUAACAACAGUAAUAGUAGUAAUAAUAAUAAUAAUAAUAAUAGUAGUAGUAGUAGUAGUAGUAAUAAUAACAAUGUCGUAAACAAUAACAAUAAUUGUAACGGUAAUAACAAUAGCAGUCAAAAUAUAACUGUACGAAUACCAACGGCUACCGUAGUUGAAGCCGAUCAAUCAGAUGCUGAUAAUAAACAACUAGCUGUUUAUGAUGUUAUUCUUCAAGUAUCACAAGCUCAUCAUGCUCACUGUGGUUUUACUGAAGAAUUCACAAAAAGCCUUGUACGAAAACCUAUGAUCAUACCGCCGACAAGUCCAGAAGAUCCCGAAGCAGCAUCAUCUACUGCUGAGACCGUAGAAUCUCAACGAAUUUGGCUUUGGCAACAAUUUGCUGCUCAAGUAACGCCUUCAGUACAAAGGGUUGUAGAAUUUGCGAAGCGUGUACCAGGCUUUUGUGAGCUUACUCAAGAUGAUCAGUUAAUUCUCAUAAAAGUUGGAUUCUUUGAAGUGUGGCUGUGUCAUAUUUCUAAAAUGACUACUGAUACUUCAAUGACAUUUGAAGAUGGGACUUACAUUACUAGACAACAAAUUGAAUUAAUGUAUGAGCCGGAUUUCGUCGCUGCAUUAAUGCAGUUCACAGCAUCUCUAAACGCUUAUCAGUUAUCAGAUGCUGAGCUUGGACUGUUUUCUGGUGCUGUCUUAUUAAGUGAAAGACAUGGGCUCAAUGAUGUUAAGGCUGUGCAAAAAUUACAAGAUCGUUUAUUGGAAGGAUUGCAAAUUCAAAGUAGUAGAAGUCAUUCUUUAUCAAAUGAUAUUAUUCCAGUCAGUGGAUGUUCACCAACAACUAGUAUAACGCAAAGGAUACCAGAAUUAAGAGCCCUGGGUUCACGACAUGCUAAUUUACUUGAUUGGUUUCGAAGAAACUGGACAAAGCUCAAAUUACCACCGUUAUUCGCUGAAAUAUUCGACAUUCCGAAGUGUGAGGAAGAUCUACAAUGAAAGAGUAUAAAUAAAUGUAACUGUUAUUUUAUUUUUUUGUUGUACUUUUACUCAAAGUAUUGACUUCUAAACUUCAUUGAAAAGUUAUCUUCUUUUUUGAAACUUUUGCCUGCUCAAAGUGAUGAAUGAUACAGGAUGUUCAAUUUACUCAUUAUUUAUUACAAUCAUUUUUCUGAUUAGAUAAAGUAAACGCUUUGAUAGUGAGAAUGACUAUAAGUAAAAUUAAAUUAUAAAGUUAUUGAAUUCUGAACGCGACACAACUAUAGUAGA